AUGUCCUCACCAGGGUCCAGGCGGAAUAGUUACCGUGGAGCUGCGUGUGGAAGCCGGGCAACGUUUGAAUACCAAGUCCGUCGCCGGAGCUCCAGCUGUUCUUACUUUGCCUCUGGAGCGCAAACCGGAAACUUUUCUGUCAGACUGAGCCAGCCGAUAUUUACUGUAACGCUCCGGUUUUUGCUGGCGAUAGAUCUAUGGCUGUCCAAACGGCUCGGAGUGUGCGCCUGUGAGGGGUCUGCAUGGGGCAGCAUACGGCCCUUGGUCCGGCUGGUCGAGUUCUCCGGUCAUGUCAUCCCGUGGCUCAUCGGCACCGUGUACACUCUUCUCCGUGGACGAAGUGUGGAGGAGCAAGAGAUCAUGCUGAAUUUGGCAUUGGCUCUGAUUUUGGAUUUGCUGUUUGUCAGACUUGUGAAGACUCUGGUCAGACGUCGCAUGCCCGCCCAGAACCGCUCGGAGAUCCUCUCCACCUUCUUCGUGGAGCGCUAUUCCUUUCCCUCCGGUCACGCUUCACGGGCGGCCAUGUGCGCCCGGUUCUUCCUCGCCCAGCUGGUGGACACAGACUCCAUGCGGCUCCUGGUGGUGGGGUGGGCUGCUUUGGUGAGCCUGUCCCGACUGCUGCUUGCAAGACACUAUGUGACAGAUGUGGGUUUUGGCUUGGCCAUGGGCUACUGCCAGUACAGCCUGGUGGAAAGACUGUGGGUGACUUGGAACUGGUUGCAGGACGCGCUGCUCAUUGGCCUGGGAGAGAGGCUGAACAGGGCUUACGAUGGACUCUGGAUGAUAGACGGGAAACAUUAGGUCAGGUUUAGGUGUGUGUGCAUGUAGGGAAAUGGAUGAACAUGAGUGGGUAAUUCUGAAAUUCCUGAUUAUUGAUGUUAUUUUAGGAUACUUAUAUGUUUUUCAAAAAUCUGUAUCAGCGUUAUGUGUUUGUCUUUGUGUUUACUUUUAUUUUUAAGUAGAAGUAUUAAAUGUUUUACCUCCAUUAAGCUGCUUGUUUGCACAUCACUACUGAUAAUGCAUGGACUUAAUUUCACAAGCCUGAAACCAAUGUUGAAUUUAUUUAAUUAAAUUUUUUAUUUUAAAAAAUUACAUUUUUUUUUGAGUGCGUGUGAAUGUUUAAACUGUGGUAUAA